AACUUUGUAAUAGGAGAAAUACUCUCACAAGGAGAGGAUGUUUCUGAGCCAAGUUGAAGCAAAAGAAACUUUUUCCAGCAUGUCAGGAACGAAGCUGACGUUCCAUUAAGAAAAAAAAAAAAGAAGAAGAAGAAGAAGAAGAAGUGCUAGAGGAAGGAGUAAGAGGGGAAAAGGCACCAGAAUUCAGACGUAGCUUUAAAUUCCAGACAGGGCCAGCGUCGGGAGCACGUAGGAAGCGCCCCUCGGAAAGGAGCCGGAGCCCCGGCUGACUUCGCACUUGAGCUCCAGCCCCGUGGACAUUUCCUGUUCUGCCUCUGGAAAUUCAAGCUGAAAGUUACAAAACAUCCUUUUCCCUGGAACCAAGUGCUUGGUUGGGAGACCAUGCCCUCCCCUUCCUUCCUCGGAACUCCUCCCUGAUCGCCCCGCGGCUUCCCCAGGAGAGAUGCCAAAUCAGCGGUAGCAGGUGGCGCAGAAGGGAGAGGGGAGCGACCCUGGGGAUCUCCGCCGAAGAGUCCCAAGGGUUCCAAGGCCAGAGAAAGGUCCUAGUCUUGAUUGCUGGCAUGUUUACUCUUCAAGUACACUGAGAUCAAAUGCAAAGACAAACCAUCAAAGGAGCUGGAGCCGGAGGAGCCACGCUCAUGGCGUUCAGCCCGUGGCAGAUCCUGUCUCCCGUGCAGUGGGCGAAAUGGACGUGGUCUGCGGUACGCGGCGGGGCCGCUGGCGAGGACGAGGCCGGCGGGCCCGAGGGCGACCCCGAGGAGGAAGACUCGCAAGCCGAGACCAAAUCCUUGAGUUUCAGCUCGGAUUCUGAAGGUAAUUUUGAGACCCCUGAAGCUGAAACCCCGAUCCAAUCACCUUUCAAGGAGUCCUGUGAUCCAUCACUGGGAUUGGCAGGACCUGGGGCCAAAAGCCAAGAAUCACAAGAAGCUGAUGAAGAGCUUGUAGCAGAAGUGGUUGAAAAAUGUUCAUCUAAGACUUGUUCUAAACCUUCAGAAAAUGAAGUGCCACAGCAGACCAUUGAUUCUCACUCAGUCAAGAAUUUCAAAGAGGAGCCUGAACAUGAUUUUAGCAAAAUUUCCAUUGUGAGGCCAUUUUCAAUAGAAACGAGGGAUUCCACGGAUAUCUCGGCAGCCCUUGGAACAAAAGCAGCUCAUGGCUGUGUAACUGCAGUCUCAGGCAAGGCUCUGCCUUCCAGCCCGCCAGACGCCGUCCAGGACGAGGCGAUGACGGAAGGCAGCAUGGGGGUCACCCUUGAGCCCUCCACAGAAGCCAAUCUAAAAGCUGGCGACUCCUGUCCAGAGCCUGUGCCCAGCAGAAGAAGCAAGCUGAGAAAGCCCAAGCCUGUCCCCCUGAGGAAGAAAGCAAUUGGAGGAGAGUUCUCAGACACCGAUGCUGCUGCGGAGGGUACACCUCUCCCCAAAGCAUCCUACCACUUCAGUCCUGAAGAGCUGGAUGAGAACACAAGUCCUUCUUCGCUAGGAGGUGCCAUGUUCCAGAAGUCUCCCCCUGACCUUAAAGAAACUCCCGGCACUCUCAGUAGUGACACAAACGACUCAGGGGUUGAGCUGGGGGAGGAGUCCAGGAGCUUACCUCUCAAGCUUGAGUUUGAUUUCACAGACGAUAUGGGAAACAUAGAGGCCAGGAAAGCCCUUCCAAGGAAGCUUGGCAGGAAACCGGGUAGCAAACUGAUUCCCAAGAUGCAAAAAGAUGGCAUCAGUAAGUCAGCAGGUUUAGAACAGCCUACAGACCCAGUGGCACGUGACGGGCCUCUCUCCCAAACAUCUUCCAAGCUAGAUCCUAGUCAGUGGGAAAACGCCAGCUUCAACCCCUUUGGGAGCCACUCUAUUCUGCAGAACUCCCCAUCCCUUUCUUCUGAGGGUUCCUACCACUUUGACCCAGAUAACUUUGACGAAUCUGUGGAUCCCUUUAAACCAACUACGACCUUAACAAGCAGUGACUUUUGUUCUCCCACUGGUAAUCAUGUUAAUGAAAUCUUAGAAUCACCCAAGAAGGCAAAGUCGCGUUUAAUAACGAGUGGCUGUAAGGUGAAGAAGCAUGAAACUCAGUCUCUCGCUUUGGAUGCAUGUUCCCAGGAUGAAGGAGCAGUGAUCUCCCAGAUUUCAGACAUUUCUAAUAGGGAUGGCCAUGCUACCGAUGAGGAGAAACUGGCAUCCACGUCAUGUGGUCAGAAAUCAGCUGGGGCCGAGGUGAAAGGUGAGCCAGAGGAAGACCUGGAGUACUUUGAAUGUUCCAAUGUUCCCGUGUCUACCAUAAAUCAUGCGUUUUCAUCCUCAGAAGCAGGCAUAGAGAAGGAGAUGUGCCAGAAGAUGGAAGAAGACGGGUCUACUGUGCUUGGGCUGCUGGAGUCCUCUGCAGAGAAGGCUGCUGUGUCAGUGUCCUGUGGAGGUGAGAGCCCCCUGGAUGGGAUCUGCCUCAGCGAAUCAGACAAGACAGCCGUGCUCACCUUAAUAAGAGAAGAGAUAAUCACUAAAGAGAUUGAAGCAAAUGAAUGGAAGAAGAAAUAUGAAGAGACCCGGCAAGAAGUUUUGGAGAUGAGGAAAAUUGUAGCUGAAUAUGAAAAGACUAUUGCUCAAAUGAUUGAAGAUGAACAAAGGACAAGUAUGACCUCUCAGAAAAGCUUCCAGCAACUGACCAUGGAGAAGGAACAGGCCCUGGCCGACCUUAACUCUGUGGAAAGGUCCCUUUCUGAUCUCUUCAGGAGAUACGAGAACCUGAAAGGCGUUCUGGAAGGGUUCAAGAAGAAUGAAGAAGCCUUGAAGAAAUGUGCUCAGGAUUACUUAGCCAGAGUUAAACAAGAGGAGCAGCGAUACCAGGCCCUGAAAAUCCACGCAGAAGAAAAACUGGACAAAGCCAAUGAGGAGAUUGCGCAGGUUCGAACAAAAGCAAAGGCUGAGAGUGCAGCUCUCCAUGCUGGACUCCGGAAAGAGCAGAUGAAGGUGGAGUCCCUGGAAAGGGCCCUACAGCAGAAGAACCAAGAAAUUGAAGAACUGACAAAAAUCUGUGAUGAGCUGAUUGCAAAGCUGGGAAAGGCUGACUGAGACUCCCCCUGUUAGCUCAACAGAUCUGCAUUUGGCUGCUUCUCUUGUGACCACAAUUAUCUUGCCUUAUCCAGGAAUAAUCGCCCCUUUGCAGAGAAAAAAAAAAAACUUAAAAAAAGCACAUGUCUACUGCUGCCUGUCCCGCUUUGCUGCCAAUGCAACAGCCCUGGAAGAAACCCUAGAGGGUUGCGUAGUCUAGAAAGGAGUGUGACCUGACAGUGCUGGAGCCUUCCAGUUCCCCAUAUGAAGGUUCCAUUAGGCUGCUGAGUUUGGGUUUGUGAUUUCUUUAUGUUUAGUUUGUUUUAAAGUCAUCUUUACUUUCCCAAAUGUGUUAAAAUUUGUAGCUCCUCUUUGGGGUCUUCUACACCACCUGUCUGAUUUUUUUUUGUGAUCUAUUUAAUCUUUUAAUUUUUUAAUAUCAGUGGUUUUAUUUAAGGAGACAAUUUGGCCUAUUGUUACUUCCAGUUUAUAAUCAAGAAGGGGCUCUGGGUCCCCUUUUAUUACACACACUCUCACACACAUACAUGUAUAUUUAUAGAUGCUGCUACUCUUUUCCCUGAAGCAUAGUCAAGUAAGAACUUGUCUACAGAAGGAUAUAUUUCCUUCGAUGUGAGACCCUAUUUUGAAAUAGAGUCCUGACUCAGAACACCAACUUAAGAAUUUGGGGGAUUAAAGAUAUGAAGACCACAGUCUUGGAUUUUCAUGUCUGCAGAAGACUAUUUGCCAUGACAUUUUGUUGCCCUGGUAUUUGGACACUCCUCAGCUUUAAUGGGUGUGGCCCCUUUAGGGUUAGUCCUCAGACUGAUGGUAGUGUCUGCUUUCUGCAUGAACGGCAAUAUGGGAGGCCCUCCAAGCUAGGGUUUGGCAAAUCUGCCCUAGAGUCAUUUACUCUCCUCUGCCUCCAUUUGUUGAUACAAAAUCAACAUUUAGUCUUCAUUAUCUUUUUUUUUUUUGAGACAGAGUUUUGAUCUAUUUUAAAUAUGUGAAGAAAAUCUACUUGUAAAAGGCUCAGAUCUUAAUUAAAAGGUAGCACCUUACAAUUAUAAGGCGAAGAAAUGUUUUUUUCCCAUUGUUCUUCAGAUGUUGAAAAGAAAGCAAAAAUUACCUUCUAACUUAAGACAGAAUUUUUAACACAAUGAGCAGUAAAAGUCACGUGAACCACUCCAAAAAUCAGUGCAUUUUGCAUAUUUUUAAACAAAGACAGCUUGAAUACUGAGAAGAGGAGUGCAAGGAGAAGGUCUGUACUAACAAAGCCAAAUUCCUCAAGCUCUUACUGGACUCAGUUCAGAGUGGUGGGCCAUUAACCCCAACAUGGAAUUUUUCCAUAUAAAUCUCAAUGAAUUCCCUUUCAUUUGAAUAGGCAAACCCAAAUCCAUGCAAGUGUUUUAAAGCACUCUCCUCUUAAUCUUACACCCUGAAAGUCUUCAUGGUGAUAUGCACUAUAUUCAGUAUAUAUAUGUUUUCCUAUUUCUCUUGUAAAACUAUUGCAUGAUCCAACUUCAGCAAUGAAUUGUGCCUAGUGGAGAACCUCUAUAGAUCUUAAAAAAUGAAUUUUUCUUUAGCAGUGUGUUACUCACAUGGGUGCAAUCUUUAGCCCCAGGGAGGUCAAUAAUGUCUUUUAAAGCCAGAAGUCACAUUUUACCAAUAUGCAUUUAUCAUAAUUGGUGCUUAGGCUGUAUUUUCAAGCCUAUUGUCUUAACAUUUUGUAUAAAAAAGAACAACAGAAAUUAUCUGUCGUUUGAGAAGUGGCUUGACAAUCAUUUGAGCUUUGAAAGCAGUCGCUUGUGGUGUAAUAUGAAUGCUGUCCUAGUGGUCAUAGUACCAAGGGCAUGUGUCUCCCCUUGGUCUAACUGAUUUCCUCUUUAGUCCUCUACUGCUAAAGAAGUUAAUUUUGCAUUUUGCAGAAACGUUGAUUGCUAAAUCUUUUUGCUGCUGUGUUUUGGUGUUUUCAUGUUUACUUGUUUUAUAUUGAUCUGUUUUAAGUAUGAAAGGCUUAUAGUGGCCUCCACUGUAAAUCUGUAGUCAUCUUUUUAAGCUUAUUGUGUUUAAGAAAGUAGCUAUGUGUUAAACAGAGGUAACGGCAGUCCUUCCCUAGCACACUGGUGGAAGAGACCCCUUAAGAACCUGACCCCAGUGAAUGAAGCUGAUGCACAGGGAGACAGGGAGCACCAGAGUACCCUCGUUAAGUGAUACUUGCCCUGGCCUCUUAGCCAUGACCAUUACAAGGAAAUAUCCCCCAUUCUAACUUAACAGAUGCCGCCUCUCCAAAGAGAAUUAAAAUGUAGCUUGUACAGAUCAAGAGAAUAUACUGGGCAGAAUGAAGUAUGUUUGUUUAUUUUUCUUUAAAAUAAAAAAGGGUUUUGGAACUCCGGAGAGUAAGAAUAUAGUAUAGAGUUUGCCUCAACACGUGUGAGGGCCAAAUAACAUGCUAGCUAGGCGAUAAUAAACCCUGUUACAGAAGAGAAAAAGGGCCGGGCACAGUGGCUUAUUCCCGUAAUCCCAACACUGCGGAAGGCCGAGGCAGGAGGUUCGCCUGAGGCCAGGAGUUUGAGACCUACCUAGGCAACAUGGCGAAACCUUGUCUCUACCAAAAAUAUAAAAAUUAGCUGGGCAUGGUGGCACAUGCCUGUGGUCCCAGCUACUUGGGAGGCUGAGGUGGGAGGAUCACUUGAGCAUGGGAGGUCAAGGCUGCAGUGAACCAUGAUCAUGCCACUGCACUCCAUCUUGGGUGACAGCAAGAUCUUGUCUCAAAAAAACAACAAGAAAAAAAAAAAAACGAAAAAACAAACCAAAAGUGAAAAAGGAAAGUAGAAGGCAGCUGUUGGCCUAGAUGGUGGUUUGGGAAUAUUAGGUGAUCCUAUUGAGAUUCUGGAUCCAGGGCAAUUUCUUUAGCUUUUGACUUUGCCAAAGUGUAGAUAGCCUUUAUCCAGCAGUAUUUUAAUUGGGGAAUGCAACAUGAGGCCGACUGAACAAUUUCCCCCGUGGCUGCCCGGAUAGUCACAGUCAAGGUUAGAGGAGUCUCCUUCCAACCAGUGACCUACCCAAACCUUUUGUUCUAUAAAACUGCUCUGGAAAUACCGGGAAGCCCAGUUUCUCACGUGGUUUCUAGCUUCUUCGACUCAGCCCAAAUUAGGAAGUACAGAAGCACAUGAUGUUGAAAAACCUAGGAUUUGGCAGCCUUCCAGAAUGGUAUGGAAUCUGAGGGAAGAUUUAUGUUUCGUUUUGGAGGACAGCUCAAGUUGAAUUUUCUUUCUAGCCAGUUACCCUUUCAACCUACCCAUACUUUGUACAGCUCUCACACAAAUACUUAGAUAUUUAUUAGACAGCCCUGAAUUCGUUCUAAUUAUAAACAGGGAGAGUAAACCGCCCCCAAAUGUUCCUGGGCUGGGUAAAAGCAGCUGGAGUGAAGCACUCCUUUUCCAUAAAGGUAACUUUACAAAGGGUUCAGUGGUUACUGUAAGCUCAAAAGGGUUUUUUAAGAGCAAGCAUUGGUUAAGUCUGUGUAUACUGAUUGGAAGUGAUUCAGCACAUUCUUUUUUAGUGGAGUAAAAUUUCUGAAGCCCCCUUUUAACUUCCUUUUGGUUUUUCAUUAUAACUGGUAGCCAUCUCAUGAACUGUCUCUGACUGUUGUCUCUGCCGUCAUGUGAUUGUGAGCUUGCUCUCUGACUUGCAUUUCUGACUUUAUCCUGUUGUUGGGAAGAUAGAAACUAGGUUUUGAAAGAUUACAUGAUUCAAGUGAGGGAUUUUAAAGUAAAGAUGUGUAUAUUCUGAAGAAUCUAAAAGAUAACAGAUUAUUAUUAUUUGCUUAUGAAAGAACAAUAUAGUCUGGGAAUCCCAGAAUGUCAAGCCAAAGGUCUAAGAAGUCUUAUCUUCUUCAAAUAUUUUAAUAAAGAAGUAUUUCAAGGAGAUAUCUGCCCAGAAAGGUUUGACUGGCCUCCAGAUUCCAGUUAGUUUUAAAAAGCAAUUUACCACUAAAUCCUUGAGUCUCCAUAGAGUAACAGUAAAGAAACUAAUAUAACGGACUCUCCUCUCAAAGGAUCUCCUCUGGAAGAGAGUAUCAGCGGCAGCAUUCUCCAGGGAAGACCCAUCCCCUAGUGCCAGAGCUUGCAUCCUGGAGACUAAAGAUUGCACUUUUCGUAGUUUUUCGUCCAAAUGCAAUCCCAUUUCUGUGCCUCUUAGCAUGCAGUUAGAUUUGGACAAACAAGAUUCCUAAGGAAUGACUUUAUUAACUAUAAUAUGGUUACAGCUAUUAUAUAAAUAUAUAUAUUCUGGUUAUAGUUCUAAUAUGGAGAUGUUGCGUGCAAUGCUGGCCUGUGGCAGUCUGUGUAAUGCUUUAACUUGUAUGGAGGAGGCCAGACUCAGAGCUGAGAUGUGGCCUGAACCUUCCCUGUAUCGAUCCUUUAAUUUAGAACUCUCAAGAUGCCACUUUCUCCCCCUCUGCCUUUUAGUGGUAUCUGAAAUAUACUCAAAACAGUAAUUUCCUGGUCACAUCAUUAACUGCUAAUUCUAUAUUUAUAAAGAAUUUUCAGAUGGACAUAUACAAAUCUGAACUCAAACCAUCCCCAGUCCAGAUACAGGGCAGCGUGUAGGUGACCACACCAGAGCCUCAGCCUUGGUCCUUCUCAGCCAUCGGGAUAGGAACCAGGCAUUUCUUUUAAAUCUCAGAGGUAGCAGUAAACUUUUCAGUAUUGCUGUUAGCAAGUGUGUGUUUGCCAAUAGAUAUCCAUUAUACUAAUGUGCCAAGUAAAUGUUCAUUGCACAUCUGCUUCCACUGUGUCCCCACGGGUGCCAUGAAGUGUGUGAGGAACCCCUCAUCUGGAGGGAUGAACGCUGCAUUGACUACUGCUAUCAGGAUUGUGUUGUGUGGAAUAUUCAUCUACAUAAAUUUUAUAUGCACAGUAAUUUCCCUUUUUAUAUGUCAAGUAACUAUUUGUAAAAGUUAUACUCACAAAUUAUUAUAAUGAUUACUAAUAUAUUUUUUCCAUGUUUCAUUGCCUGAAUAAAAACUGUUUACCACUGUUA